AAAUCGACGAGAGAAAUCACAAAGUAACGCAAGAUGGCGACUCUGACUGUGUGCCGGCCGACGUCUGGUGGCUUUAAUUUCGAAAACUGCAAGAGAAAUGCACUUGUGGAAAGAGAGGCUAACUCGGUGGGUUGCAGUCUGCCUUCUGCCCGGAAAACGGGAACCACCAUCUGUGGCGUUGUUUUCAAGGAUGGAGUUGUCCUUGGAGCAGACACCAGAGCCACAGAAGGCAUGAUUGUUGCAGACAAGAACUGCUCCAAGAUCCAUUAUAUCUCGCCGAACAUUUACUGUUGUGGUGCUGGAACUGCGGCAGACACGGAGAUGACCACGCAGAUCAUAUCCUCAAACCUCGAGCUGCACUCACUGUCGACAGGCAGAGUACCUCGAGUCGCCACUGCCAAUCGCAUGUUGAAGCAAAUGCUAUUCAGGUAUCAGGGUUACAUUGGAGCAGCUCUGGUUCUGGGCGGUGUUGACUGUAACGGUCCUCACCUGUACAGCAUUUUUCCUCAUGGCUCCACCGACAGACUACCCUACGUCACUAUGGGCUCUGGUUCUUUGGCUGCCAUGGCUGUUUUUGAAGACAGAUACAAACCUGACAUGGAGGAGGAUGAAGCUAAGAAGCUUGUGCGUGACGCCAUCGCAGCAGGAAUCUUUAAUGACCUGGGCUCUGGCAGCAACAUUGAUCUUUGUGUGAUUUCAAAAGGCAAGGUGGACUACAUCAGACCCCAUGAUGAGGCCAACAAGAAGGGAGUUAGGGCUGGAGACUACAAGUACAAGAGAGGAACCACCAGUGUGCUGACAAAGGUGGUAGCCCCACUGAACCUGGCCUUGGUGGAGGAAACUGUACAGACCAUGGACACAUCCUAAAAUGUCUCGCCCCCCACUCAUGUACCUUCGCUUCUAUAAGUGAUGGGAAAAGCUUGUUGCUUGUUAAUUCCUGGUUUACAAUAAAAACAUUAGUACUUCU